GUGUGUGUGUGUGCAACUAGAAAUGGAAGAUCAGGUGACACCCGGUUUUAGGUUCUACCCUACAGAGGAAGAGCUGAUUUCUUUUUAUCUGCGGAAUAAGCUCCAAGGGACAAGAGUACUCGACAUCGAUAGGGUUAUACCAUCAGUUAAUAUUUAUGAUUACAAUCCAUGGGAUCUUCCACAAUUUGCAGGAGAGUAUUGCCAUGGAGAUAUGGAGCAAUGGUUUUUCUUCGUUCCAAGACAAGAAAGGGAAGCCCGUGGAGGAAGACCAAACCGGCUCACAGCACAAGGAUAUUGGAAAGCAACUGGCUCUCCUAGUUUUGUAUAUUCUUCGCAAGAUCGCAUAAUUGGUAAGAAGAGAUCAAUGGUUUUUUAUGCAGGAAGAGCUCCACAUGGAAGAAAGACUGUGUGGAAGAUGAAUGAGUACAAAGCAACUGAAUUUUCUGAAGCUUCCUCUUCAACUGCUGCAAAUCCACAGAUAUGGGAAGAACUCAGUUUAUGCCGAAUGUAUAGAAAAACAACAGGCAUAAGGGCCUUUGACAGAAGGCCACCACCAGAAGAAGUGGCGGUGCACCACCAAAAUGAGGCAACAACUUCUCAACAAAACCAACCAGUAGCAGAUGCAAGUAAUUUCUUAUUUGGUAAUUCCUCCUCAGAAGAUCACCAUAUUGCUAAUCCUUGUCAAUCUGUGGAAAAUGCCAAUAACAACUGGGAUAUGGAUGUUGAAGAAAAUGAACCUGGCUCGUGGGAUUGGGAAUCGUUUGAUUUUAAUAACUUCUGAAUGUAAUCCAGAAAUCUUGAAGCACUAAACCUUCAUCAGGUGGAGAAAGAACAGAAUUUUUUACUUAAGAGAUUCUCAGAAGGAUAUGAAAAAGAUUGUCAUAGUUUCAAAGAAGAACGCAAUAUAAUGGGGGGAAAUAGGAACAAUAAAUUUUGUUGCA